CCUCCCCCGCACAGCGGCCGCGGGCCGGGGCGGGCCACCCUUCGCCUGCCAUCCGGACGGGGCGGACGUCGGGGCGCCGCGGUCGGACGUUGCUCUGGAAAAGCCAAGACCCCGCAUAAUUACUGCCUUUCGGGGGGUCCCGGAGAGCCCUGGACCCAUGUUUUUCCUUGCUCAUAAACAUUGGGACUAAUUUGAAUCUGUCAGCUGAUCGUACAUGUUAUAAAAGAGGAACAUAGUUAAUGAUGCUGUAGAGGAGACUGAAUUAAGGAUGAAAAUUGUGCGUAUUGCAGAAGUGGAUUUUGCUCCGCUAAAAUGUUUAAGAAACAUGACGUAUCAGAGAAUAGCUCACAUGGUGAUUUAACAAACAUUUACCAAGAGCUUUACUAUCUGUUGGGCACAGGGCGUGUAUUUAGCGGAGUCUUGUGAAGUUUGUAAGCUAAACUUUUUCCAGUAGUCCAGGUGCCUAUUAUUUUAGUCCUGGAAUGCAGAAAUAAUUUUAAAAAAAAAAUUUUUUUUCCUCUAGAACAUGCGAACAAACAAAAAUUGAGCUUUCUUGGUUAGUGGGAUACAGGUGUGAAGAGGAACUAUAGUCCCGCCCUCAAAGAACUUAGAGUCUAGUAGAAGAGAUGAGGAGCCCUGCUGGCGCAGUGGUUAAGAACUCGGCUGCUAACCAAAAAGGUCGGCAGUUGGAAUCCACCAGCCACUCCUUGGAGCAAUUCUCAUCUGUCCUCACAGGGUCGAAAUUCACUCAACAGCAGUGGGUUUGGUUUUGGGUUUGGUUUAGAAGAGAUUGCACAGGGGGGAAGCUCUUGAAUGCUCGCUGAAAGGUCUGCAGUUGGAACCCACCCAGCGCUCAGAGAAAGAUCUGGUGAUCUGUCAUCAUAACAGCCACCAAAACUCUAUGGGGCAGUUCUCCUCUGUCCUAUGGGGUUGCUGUGAGUCGGCAUCUACUCAGCGGCACAUAACAACAACAGAAGAAAUGGACAUAUAGGGGAAGUGCCAUUGAAAAGUUUAUUGCAGAGAGUUAACAAGAUCACGUUUUAAGAAGAUGCUGGAGAGGAGCCCAGGUAGAUUAACUGAAGACCUGGAUGAGGACAAGAUCUUUGGGGAGAGACUAGAAUAUAAGGAGAGGGUCUAGAACCAAGCCUUGAAGAAGUCAGCUGUGUUUACUCAUCAGAGAGAGACAAACCACCACAGGUAGUUUAAUCGUUCAGGCAACUCACCCGACUCUCCACAUCAUAGUACGCCAUGGUGUAAACAGGAAAUGAGACAACCUGCUGUUCCCUUCGCCUCAUUUGGCAGGAGCCUCUGUCAGCGUUAAGUGUCUCACCACGGUGAAUGUGUGGUUCUAAUGUUUAAUGAUCUGUCAUUUUGUAUAACGUAACCCUCAAUCCAAGUGAACUACUUCAUCUGACGCUCAGCCAGACACUGCUGUCUGUUCCAGCAAGGAACCCCUCGUUGUUGGACUUAAUGGAAGACACAGUAUGUUCGUCUCCAGCAUGGUGUCUGCUUAAAGAGAUUUUCAAGGAAAAUUCUGAGUCUAUGUAAUUUUCACUUUAUAGGCUGAGUUUAGAACCUAACUCUCAUGUAUAAGGCAGCCCCACUUCAUGUAUUUGAAAAUAAUAAUAAAUGAGGAAAGAAACAGAAAAAAAAUAUUUAAGUCACAAUCUAAACAACAGUUGUCUCUAAGUGGUAGGAUUUUGAGAGACUUUUUCUGCUUCCUUAUACUUUUCAGCAUUUGGCAAAUUCUCUGCAGUAAGCAGGUAUGGGAGCCCUGGUGGAUAGUGGGUAGGACCUCAACUGCUAACCAAAAGGUCAGCAGUACAAAUCCACCAGCCGCUCCUUGGAAACUCUAUGGGGCGGUUCUUCUCUGUCCUAUAGGGUCACUAUGAGUCAGAAUCGACUAGAUGGCAACAGGUUUUGUUUUGGUUUUAAGCCAUGUAUUGCUUUUACAGGAAAACUGAACCACUUAAAAUACAGUUUGGACAUUUUUCAAUUACUCUUCGUAAUAUACUUCUGUCUGAAGUGAAAUUUAAAGUCAUACUACAAGAUACUUAGAUCUAGAUAUUUCUGAAUAGUGGCUGCCAUUUAUUGAGUACUUACUGUGCGCCAGGCACUGUGCAAAGUACUUAGCAUGCCAUUUUAACCCUCACAGUAUGCCUGUAAGAUCUAGAUGCUGUUCUAUUUUACAGAUAGAUGCUAUUAACAUUUAUUGAACACAAACUGUGAGCCAUCUUAUUUUAUCCAAGGCACAAAAAGGCUAAGUAACUUUCCCAAGAUCACCCAGGAGUUAGAGCCAGGACUGGGUGUGGGCACUUUGGCUGCAGAGCCCACACUCUUCCUCAGCAUGUGCUAUACACGUGGAGCCCAAGCUUGUGGGGUCAGUUCAAGAGGCUCAUAUGUGGAUCUGCCCAUGCUCUUCAUCAUUGUACCUUGUCAUGGAUUGAAUUAUGUCCCCCGCAAAAACGUGUGUAUCCAUUUGGCUGGGCCAUGAGCCCCAGUAUUGUGUGGUUGUCCUCCAUUUUAUGAUUGUAAUUUUAUGUUAAAGAGGAUUACAACACCCUUACUAAGGUCAUGUCCCCUUCCCCUGACGCUGACGCCUUGAAUUUGGACUUUUAGCCUACUUUACUGCAAAGAAAUAAACUUCUCCUUGUUAAAUCCAUUCACUUGUGGUAUUUCACUUAUAGCAGCACUGGAUGACUAAGACAUACUUCUUCCUGUUAUAAUUCACGGCCUUCAAAUUUUUUAAAAAAUACUUCAUUAUUGUCAUCUUGGCUAAUGGUAUUAGAAAUUAUCUGAAGAAAACUCUGGUUGAGCCACUAGAAAUAGAAUCUGUGUCUACAGAGGUUUUAGUCUCCACAGGCACUAACAGUGAGCUGUCAUUACAAAUGAUAAACCAAAAUGAGAAAGCUGGUACUCGUUACUUUUCCUUAUAAUCAUUGAUUUGAUUUGUCAAAAUAAUAGCAAGGGCAUUAUUAGAGGCCGAGACUGGAAAUGGCUGUAUUUGUUUUCCCUUCAAAGGCACAAAUAAUAAGGGAAGGCUGUUAAUUAACUAGCCAGCCCAGUACUGAACACUUAUGUGGCAAGGCUGAAACACACAGUAAGAAUACUCUUUGGAUACUAAUAGUUAAAAAACAAAAAAAACUGGGUGUGUUUUCACUACCAAAAAACAAAAGAAAUUAGUGGCAAAGGAUAUAAUGCAGUAGGCACAGUCUAGCUUUCUCAAGGCACCUGAAGAUUAUCAAGCUAGGAUGGCUGGUUGGACCAUGUUAAAGGUAUGUUCACCAUCCACAGCUAACCUAAUUUCCCCUGGCUCUGUGGAGCAGUUUCCCCUGGACCAGUCAUGUGGCAUUUCCCAUCUUACCUGGCUAAGACUCUCAUUCUGGAUUUUAUGUGUGUGUAUGUAAUACAUGUCUCCUAAAUGAAAUCGAAACAGUGUAGGAAAGGGAGUCUGUCAAAAGAACAUUUGAGAUCUGUGAGCCUUUGACCUCUUAUGAGCUGUAAAAUGCAGAUAACUACAAGAUUGCUGCAAAGCUCAAACAGAUAAUUAAAUUAAAGAUGUCUAAGUUGUGACGACUGGGUAUUACAAUUCAGUGAUUUUUUUUUAAUUGUGCUUUAGGUGAAAAUUUACAGCUCAAGUUAAUUUCUCAUACAAAAAUGUAUACACAUACUGUUACGUGACCCCAGCUGCAAUCUCUAUAAUGUGACAGCACACUCCCUGCUUCCACCACGGGUUUUCCCUAUCCAUUCAACCAGUUCCUGUCCCUUUCCGACUUCGCAUCCCGCCUCUGGGCAGGAGCUGCCCAUUAGUCUCAUGUAUCUAUUUGAACUGAGCAGUACACUCUUCGCGAGUAGAAUUUUUUGUUUUAUAGUCCAGUCUAAUCUUUGUCCGAAGAGUUGGCUUCGGGAAUCGUUUUAGUUCUGGCUUAACGUCCAGGGGCCACGUCAUCUGGGGUUCUUCUAGCCUCAGACCAUUAAGUCUGGUCUUUUUACGUGAAUUUGAGCUCUGCACCACACUUUUCUCCUGCUUCGUCAGGGACUCUCUGUUGUGUUCCCUGUCAGGGCAGCCACUGGUGGUAGCUGGCACCAUCUAGUUCUGGUCUGAGGCUGAUGGAGUCUUCAGUAAAUUUUUAAGAAGAUAUAUUUAAUACUCCACCCAAGUAGUUCUCCUCUUUGGUAAUUUAAAUCCAUUUUGUAUGCAUCCUUAACUAAUUAUAUCUCACAUUUGUAUGUGUAUGUAUCCUAAAUGGCGACACAUCUUAUAUAAAACCGACAUUUUUUUUUCUUGCAGGUUGGAUGAGUACAUUCUGAAUCCCAGGACAGUGGGAACAGCCAGUGGACUACAGGCAUGAUGUGGAUGUUAUUGAUGAGAUCUCAGCCCUGCAGACUGUGUUCUGUCAGGAAGAUGUUACAAACUUCAAAAUACAGACCUUUUAUAGCAUGCUGCACCUAUACAACUGAUAGACAGUCAAACAAAGAAAAUAAAAGAACAUUGGAAAAGCUCUAUCAAUUUUCGGUUGACGUAAGGAAAAUUCGCAGAUUAAAAGGAUGGGUACUUUUGGAAGAUGACACCUAUGUUGAAGAAAUUGUAAAUAUUUUACAAGAACUAGGAGCUGAUGAAACUGCUAUAGCCAGCAUUUUGGAACACUGCCCAGAAGCAAUUGUCUGUAGUCCAACCGCUGUUAACACCCAGAAAGAACUCUGGCAGUUGGUCUGCAAAAAUGAAGAGUUAGUUAAGUUAAUAGAACAAUUUCCAGAAUCUUUCUUUACUGUUAAAGACCAGGAAAACCGGAAGCUGAAUGUUCAGUUCUUUCAAGAGUUGGGACUCAAGAAUGUCAUCAUUAGCAGAUUUUUAACAACCGCACCUAAUAUUUUUCAUAAUCCUGUUGAGAAGAAUAAGCAAAUGAUAAGGAUUCUCCAAGAAAGUUAUCUAAAUUUAGGUGGCUCUGAAGCCAACAUGAAAGUUUGGCUACUGAAAUUGUUAAGCCAAAACCCAUUUAUUUUGUUAAAUUCUUCUGCAUCUAUAAAGGGAACACUGGAAUUUCUCCAGGAACAAGGUUUCACAAACUCUGAAGUUCUCCAACUUCUGUCCAAACUCAAAGGAUUCCUUUUUCAACUUUGCCCAAGAAGUAUACAGAACAGUAUUUCCUUCUCUAAACAAGCUUUUAAAUGCACAGACUGGGACCUAAAGCAAUUAAUUUUGAAAUGCCCUGCUCUUUUAUAUUAUUCUGUUCCGGUUUUGGAAGAACGAAUUCAGGGAUUACUGAGAGAAGGGAUUACCAUACCUCAGAUAAGAGAGAUGCCAAUGGUUCUUGAAUUAACACCACAGAUAGUACAGUACAGGAUAAAGAAACUAAAUUCUUUAGGCUAUAGGAUAAAGGAUGGACAUCUAGCUCAUCUAAAUGGAACAAAAAAAGAGUUUGAGGCUAACUUUGGUAAAAUUCAAGCUAAAAAAGGAAGGCCGUUAUUUAACCCUGUGGCACCGUUAAAUGUUGAAGAGUAAAUUUAACUGAUUUACGGUGCUGCUUCUUAACAGUGCAAAGUGAAACAUUAGCAAAAACUUAAGCAGUUUAGGCAGUUUGUAGGCACCAAUAAUUGUACAGACCUAUUUAGCUUCGGAGUUGUAUUUAAAUUAGCUCUAAAUAAUCUCACUGGUACUGUAUCUGAAAACGUAAGUAACUGCAUUUAAAUAAAGCUGGUAACCUUUACCUUGAGCUGUUUAAAGAACACAUGUACUAUUAAAUGUACUAUUAAAAGGAGCCCUGGUGGUGCAAUGAUUAAAGCAAUUGACUGUUAACUGAGGGUUCAGAGGUUCGAGACCACCAGCGACUACACAGAAGAAAGAUGUGGCAGUCUGCUUCCAUAGAGAUUUACAGCCUUGAAAACCCUAUGGGGUCACUAUGAAUCGGAAUCAACUCGACAGCAUUGGGUUUUUUUUUAUUAUUAUUAAAUGGCUUAUGAUGUUUUAUAUAAGUUAGUAAUAUCUAAGAAACUGACAAGCAUGCUCCCUUAAAAGUAUGAAUACAUUUUUACUUACAUAAGACGUUUCAGCUGCUACGCACACCCAGUCUUCUUCCUCACCACCAGCCCUGAAACAUCACUGCACCAUGACCUGAAUUCUCUAAGUGUCAAAGGAAACGUGCAAACUUAUAAUAUUGGAGUAAAUGUGUAUCUUUGAGAACCAAGUAUUACCCAAAAAUACGUUCUACUGGACGACUUUGAUUAGAGCGUACUUACGUAGCAGUGUAUCACAAAAUGCUUCUAUGUGCGUUACAGACGGGGAAACUGAAGCUUAGGUCACUCAGCUGCAAAGUGGCAGAGACCAGGUUUACUAAGAUCUGGCUCCUUUUCAAACCUUGUGAAUAGGAAUAAUUGCUUAUGAGUUGGCACAAGAGAAGUCACCCCCUACCUAACAUGCCAAAAAAGAGUGACUACUAAUAAUAAAUUUAGGGAAUUUUAUGAAAACGUGUGUAAAAUUCCUUAAAUUUGAAAUUAUCUAAUUUAUACACAUUUGAAGUAAACAUAGCUUUUCAGAAAGCUUAAUUUAACAUCUAAGUCUGCCUAUAAGGGAAAAUGUGUGAUAGAACUGAAUCUAGUGGUAGAGUUCCAAGUUUCUGUUUUUGAAUCUUGUUCCAAGGUAAACAUUACCGAUAAAGACUGGCUCACUUUCAGCUUCAAAGUCUGAACUUUGUAACAAAUACAAGCAAACAGUUGACUGUCACUCAAACAUCUGUGUACUGUUUGUGCAUGGUCUUUUAAGUAAUGAAAAAAUUCUGAAUACUGCAGGCAGUGUCCUCACUAUUCAGCAAAUAAAGUAGCCCUUUCGAUACAAAUCUGCCCAGUCACUUAAUUUGGAUAGUGAGAGAUACCUGUAUGUAGCACCUACUAAGUGCCAAGCAUAUGUUGUAAGUGGUUUAUAAUCCUAAGAGCUAAGUACCAUUAUUUACUUUUCUACAAUGAGGGCAAAUAAUUUACCCAAGGUCACCUGAUACUGUUCAAGAAAAACUGCUAGCCAGUAGGACUGGAGCAGGAGACUGGCACAAGAUGAGUUACGCAUGGUUCAACUCAUCUUGUGCCAUCUAACUCGUCAGGUCCAUCUAAGGAGGAGGAUCUCUUUGUAAGUGCAGUGGGAAACCCUUGGAGACUUUAAGUAGGAUUGCCUUUAAGGUUUACAGAAGGAGUUUCUACCGGUUGUCCAGACAUUAGUGGUGCUAACACUAAUUUCUGAAGUAUCAAUUUAGAGUACAUUCUGUGGUAUAUGGUCACCUUACUUCUAUUUUAGAUGUCAAUUUUGACAUGCCUACUAGACAUACAAGUAGAGAUGACAAGCAAAUGGCUAAGUCUGGAAUUGAGAAAUCAGGACUGGAGAUAUAUAUUUGGGAGUCAUCUGCAUCUCUAUGGUAUUUAAAGCCAUGGAUCUAGAUGACACUGCCUGAAAAAAAGAAUGUAGAUUUGAAGUAGGGUGGCUGCCAACGCCUGGAAAAGGCUGAGCAGAGGAAAAAGUCAGCCAAGAAGAGGGCGUGGUCAGCAGUGAAUGCCACUGAUAGGCCAACUAGGAUUCAGUUGUUAGGUGCCAUCAAGUCACUUCUGACUCAUAGCAACCCUAAGUACAACAGAAUAAAAUACUGCCUAGCCCUGUGCCAUCCUCACAAUCAUUCUGCUUGAGCCCAUUGUUGGAGCCCCUGUGUCAAUCCCUCUCCUUGAGGGUCUUCCUCUUUUUCACAGACCCUCUACCAAGCAUGUCCUUCUCCAGGGACUGGUACUUCCUGAUAACAUGUCCACAGUAUGUGAGAAGUCAUCUCACCAUCCUACCUUCUAAGGAGCAUUCUGCCUGGGCUUCUUCCUAGACAGGUUUCUUUCUUUUGGCAGUCUGUGGUAUAUUCAAUAUUCUUUGACAACACCGUAAUUCAAAGGCAUCAAUUCUUCUUCAGUCUUCCUUAUUCAUUGUCCAGCUUCUGCACACGAGGCGACUGAAAACCAUGGUUUGAGUCAGGCGCACCUUGUCUUCAAGGUGCUAUCUUUGCUUUUUAACACUUUAAAGUGGUUUUUGCAGAUCUGCUCAAUGCAGUGCAUCAUUGGAUUUCUUGACUGCUGCUUCCAUGGGUGCUGAUUGUGAAUUCAAGUAAGAUCAAAUUUGUGGCAGCUUCAGUCUUUUCUCCAUUUAUCAUGAUGUUGCUUAUUCAUCCAGUGGUGAGGAUUUUUGUUUUAUGUUGAGGUGUAAUCCAUACUGAAGGCUGUGGUCUUUGAUCUUCAUUAGUAAGUGCUUCAAGUCCUCUUCACUUUCAGCAAGCAAGGUCGUGUCAUCUGCGUUAACAGGUUGUUUUGAGUCUUCCUCCAAUCCUAAUACCAAGUCCAGCUUCUUAGAUUAUUUGCUCAGCAUACAGAUUGAAUAAGUAUGGAUACAACCCUGACACAAACCUUUCCUGACUUUAAUCCAUGCAGUAUCCCCUUGUUCUGUUCAAACAACUGCCUCUUGAUCUAUGUACAGGUUCUUCACGAGCACAAUAAUUAAGUGUUCUGGGAUUCACAUUCUCUGAAAUGUUAUCCAUAAUAUAAGAUCCAUGCAAACGCUUUUGCAUAGUCACUGAAACACAGGUAAACAUCUUUCUGGUAUUCUCUGCUUUCAGCCAGGAUCCAUCUGACAUCAGCAGUGAUAUCCCUGGCUCCACGUCCUCUUCUGAAUCUGCCUUAAAUUUCUGGUAGUUCCCUGUCGAUGUACUGCUGCAGCUGCUUUUGAAUGAUCUCCAAAAAUUUUACUUGCCUGUGAUAUUAAUGAUAUUGUUUGAUAAUCUGCAAAUUCCCCUGGAUCACCUUUCUUUGAGAUAGGCCUAAAUGUGGAUCUCUUCGAGUCCGUGGGCCAGGUAGCUGUCUUCCAAAUUUCUUGACAUAGAAAACUGAGCACUUCCAGCACUGCAUCCGUUUGUUAAAACAUCUCAAUUGUUAUUCCGUCAAUUCCUGGAGCCUUGGUUUUUGCCAGUCCCUUUUUCAAUGCAAUUUGGACCUCUUCCUUCAGUACAAUUGGUUCCUGGUCAUAUGUUGUCUCCUGAAAUGGUUGAAUGUCGACCAAUUCUUUUUGGUACAGUGACUCUGUGUACUCCUUCCAUCUUCUUUUGAUGCUUCCUGCAUUCACUUGAUAUUUUCUCUGUAGAAUUCUUCAGUAUUGCAACUUUAGGCUUGCAUUUUUUCUUCAGUUCUUUUAGCUUGAGAAAUGCAGAGCAUGUUCUUGCCUUUUGGUCUUUGCACACGCCAUUAUAACACUUUACUUCGUCUUCUUAAGGUGCCCUUUGAAAUAAUUCUUUUCUGCUCUUUUACGUCAUCAUUUCCUCCAUCCACUUUAGCUACUCGACGUUGAAGAGCAAGUUUCAGAGUCUCUUCUGACAUCCAUUUUAGUCUUUCUUUCCUGUCUUUUUAAUGACCUUUUGCUUUCUUCAUGUAUGGUGUCCUUGAUGUCAUUCCACAAAUCAUCUGGUCUUUGGUCAUUAGUGUUCAACUCAUCAAAUCUACUCUUGAAAUGGUCUCUAAAUUCAGGUGGGAUAUCCUCAAGGUUGUGCUUUGGCUCUUGUUGACUUGUUCUAAUUUUCUUCAGCUUCAACUUGAACUUGUAUAUGAGCCAUUGUUGGUCUGUUCCACAGUUCGCCCCUGGCCUUAUUCUGAUGAUACUGAGCUUUUCCACUGUCUCUUUCCACAGAUGUAGUUGAUUUGAUGCCUGUGUAUGCCAUCUGCUGAGGUCCAUGUGUACAGUCGUCAUUCGUGUUGCUGAAAAAAAGUAUUUGGAAUAAAGAAGUCAUUGGUCUUUGCAAAAUUCUAUCAUUCCAUCUCCAACAUCGUUUCUAUCACCAAGGCCACACUUUCCAACUACUGAUCCUUCUUUGUUUCCAACUUUCGCAUUCCAGUCACUAGAAAUUAUCAAUGCAUCCUGACUGCAAUGUUCGAUCAAUUUCAGACUGCAGAAGUUGGUAAAAAUCUUCAAUUUCUUCUUCUUUGGCCUUAGUGCAUAUUUGAAUAACAGUCAUAUUAACUGGUGUUCAUUGUAGGCGUAGUGAUAUCCUAUCACUCACAAUGUUGUACUUCAGGAUAGAUCUUGAAAUGUUCUUUUUGACGACGAAUGCAACACCAUUCCCCAAUUUGUCAUUCCCGGCAUAGCAGACCUAUCAUUGUCUGAUUCAAAAUGGCCAAUACCCGGUCCAUUUCAGCUCACUAAUGCCUAGGAAAUUGAUGUUUAUGCAAUUCCAUUUACUUUUUGAUGAUUUCCAGUUUUCGUAGACUCAGACUUUGUACAUUCCAUGUUCUAGUUGUUAAGGGAUGUUUGUAGCUGUUUCUUCUCAUUUUGAGUCAUGCCACAUCAGCAAACUGUAAUACAGAGAUGUAACCAAGGGAUCUGGCAAAGAAUAAAUCACGGUUGGCCUUACUGGGUAAUUCUGGUGGAACAGACUAGGUAGAAAGGCCAACUGGAGUGAGCCGAAGAGAAAGAUAAGGCUGCAUACUUUUUCAAGAAUUUUUGCUGCAGAGGGAAGCAGAGAAAUGGAGAAAGCAAAUACUAGAACAUGCUUAUGUGCUUGAUGGUUCUGACCCAAAAGAAACUGGUAAGAGAUGGAAAAACAGCAGGAUGCCUAUUCUCGGGGAAGUGAAGAAGAGCCCAGAUAGCGGUCCUGGUCCACUGUAAAGAGGGAAGGCAAAGAACAUGGAAACACACACAGACGGUUGUUGGACUGAGUGGUACGAGAGGCCAGGGAGUUGCUGUCUUGUCCCCCAGCUCCCACACCGCCCAAAAAGAACUGAAGAACGGAAGGGAGGAAGCAUAGCAAAAGGGCUAGAAGGGAUGAAACAGUCAUUUUGAGAAGUAAGAAAGUGAACACGUAAGAGGGAAUAUUAGGAAUGUCUGGCUGUGUGUGAUCUGUGGCCAUUAAUUUAUAGAGACUAGUUAGUUUUUUUAGUUAGUACCACUGCAAAAUUCAGCUGCUCGUGUCCAGACACAGAGAACCAGAGGUACAGAAAUACAUUUCUAACAAUCUAAAAGUUUUUUUUUUAAUUGUUUUACUCCACCUUCAUGCUCAAAUAUGCUGUAUACAUUUUUUUUUUAAGCCAGAUUCCAUUCCAUUUAUUUUAGCUCCUGAACCUCUAAGAUAGUUCUGCUUUAACUUUCCCAACAUUCUUACAUUCUCACUCAGAUAUUAUGAAACAGAAUUUUAAAAACAUAGGACAGGGAGAUAUCCUGGCAUAAUAUGCUACAGUCAAAUUGUAUUUUCCCUGUGAAAAACAGCUCUAACAAAAUUGUCUAAUAAAAUCAAAUUAUUUCCCACAUAGGUUUUAUGUGUUAUUACACUAAACUCUUUCUGUAGCAAAAUGUAAAUUAGCUCUCCAAGUAAAUAUGAACAUUUGGAAAACUUCCAGCGAGCUCAAGUUCUAGCCUGGUAAAUCAAGCAUGCAGGCAGCCCUGAAUGUCAACAGCUUAUAUAGUAGUUAUUAAGUAGCUCCACUUCUGUUUCUGGACAUGAGUUGGAGAGGCUGUGACUUACACUAAUUCAAAAGUGAUAUGUGAAAUUCAACUAACAUUGAAAGUCAGUUCCUUAUUUGUAAAAAGGAAAUAAAGGCACUUCCUUCAUAUUGAUUACAUUAGAUACUAUAUGGACAGUACCUGGCAGGUAUGUAGAUGCCCCAAAAGAUAACAAUUUUCCGUCCUCCCCCUACAAGUCCCCAUCCCUUUGAAUCUUUUGGUGUGGGAAGUCUAGGUUGGUUCCACAGCAGCUUGGGCAGAGAGAUGUGCUCCCUACUUUAUAGCUCCUCCAUCGGUUCUCAAACUUCACUGUGUACAAGAAUCACCUGCAAAGCUUGUUAAAAUGCAAAGUCCUGGGCCCCACCCUACAGAGAUUCAAGUUCAGGUAAAACCCAGAAAUCUACAUUUUUAAUCUUUAUUAAAGUGUAAAAUAUUUUUGUAUUUCACUGUCAUGAGGGCACCAAUAUACAUAUUUGGGGAUGUUUAGCCAUGUUUGUUCUAUUUGGCUACAGGAUUCUCUGAACUGCUAUGUAACUAAAAAUUUUAAGAAGAUUACCCUGUUUUAAAAUGUCCUUUAUUUCCUUAGAUCCUUAUGAAACAUUUCAUCUUUGCAGGUCAUAGUGCUUUAUAACAGAUUCCUGUGUUCUUUUCCUAUCGCCUUAAUACAAAUACAAAAACAAAAAAAAUUAUUCAGUUAUUUUCAUCUGACAUUUCACUAAGUACAGGAUUCAUAAUGUCAACAUUAUUAGAUCAGUCAUUUAAGUGGGUCCACAUGUGUUUAUCCUCAUUGUGCCAAAUACCCACUCAAAAGAUAAGUUGAAUAGUAGAUGCCUCCAGGUAUAUAUAACAACUUUUAGUUUUUUGAAGUGAAGUAGUCCUGCUUAACAGGUCAAACCGCUAGUCUACGUAAAUAAACUGGAAAAGAAUGAAGUGUGCAGCUGUACAUACCAUCAAAUGGCAAGUUCAUUUCAACAGAAACCUCUAUAACCAAGCAAACAUCUGAACGGUUCUCUGCCCUCACUGCAAAAGUCCCUCCGGAACAAAGCUAUAGUUUAGAAUUUAGAAGAAACUUGAUGAGAUAAAGUAACAGGUGGCUCUUCUGUAGCAAAAAUUAAUUACAACCAUUUUUACUCGAGCAAUUUUAAAGACAAAGUUUAAAAUAAAUAUGCAAGCAAAGCAAAGCCUAACUGUAGAAGAUAAAUUAGAAAUAUAAACUAGCAGUGAAGCAAUAAUCUCUUCCAAUUAGGAACAAGUUCUCCAAUUCCAUUAUUUAGAUCAUUAUUUAGUGUUCAUCUCUUAUUUUUGUAGUUUUUUUUUUUUUAAUCUCCUUGCUAACUGUGGCAUUUGACAAGAUAUACCAACAAAUAAACCUUAAAUCCUACUGCAUGAAACAAAUGACCAUUUAAUUCCUCAUGAACUAGACAGAACUCCUUAAUGAAUUUCUUAAAAUCCCUGUGGGUAUUUUGAAAGCUUUUAAAAAUUCAGUUAUAUUCUUACCCAUUUGUUGGGUCCACAUUAUAAUGCGGCUGUGUCAGGAAGGCUGUCUUGACUUAUUACUGCAUCACCACUGCCCUCUUUGGAGUGGAGGCAAAUUUCCAUAUUAAGUAUAAAAUUCUGCGAUUUUUCAGGCUUGGAUUAUAACCCUUUGUUUAAGAGGAAUGCCAAAUAUAUAUGCCAGUUGUUAAAUUUUUAUAAUAUUGAACAUGGAACAUGAAACAAAAAAAUGAAUUUGAGCUAAGCAUACUUUGUGAGACUGAAUGAGACAUGAUGAGACAUGCUGAGACAUGGCGCACACUUCCACUCACAAUCAAAAACCUCAAUUUCCUGAAACGGACUUGGUACAACAUCUACAACUGCCUUUAAGAAAUAUAAGAUCACUUAUAUUUUAAAAGCCUAGAUAAACUUUUUGAAAGCACUUAUACAUAUUUUACAUUUGAAACUAAUCUAUGGCGCCCCUUUUCUUCCAUAUAAAAUAGUCCUCACAUAUUUUGUAGUUGCUUUUACUGUGUUUUUUACCAAUUUACGCCAUCCUGGAGAUAUAAAAUAGGAAUUUUUUUUCUGUCUUGGAUGCUUUAGGUAAUUCUUAAGAACUUAAAAUUAUUUAUUAAUUAUUUGUUCUUAAUAUGAAACUCGUCCCACAUAGUUUCUGACCAGUAAAGAAAUAUUCCUUAGGCACUGGGAGGUGUAUUAACAACGGAGCAUGAAUCCAGGUUGAAGUGUACAAUCUGCUUAUAACUACCAACAGUUAAACGUUAUCUUAGCUGCAGACAGCAAGAAAUGCCUUUACCCCACUACUCCUGAGAUUCUUAAGAGGGAAAACUAAUUUCGCAAUCUUUAAAAGAAUCCAUAUAGGUAAUUCUAAGAACUACACAUACAGGGUAUUAAAAAAGAUGUUUUCUUUUGUAAGGCAUCAAUUAUAGUUGAACAGAAUGCAUACCUAACAUAAGAUGGUUAACACUUGGUAUCAUAAAGCCAUUUAUCUUUUAAAACUCUCUAAUUCCCUCUACUUUUACCAGCUUAAAUAAGAAAAGAAGGCCCCUUGGCCUAAUCAACUAUGGUUAUAAAAAAAAAAAACUAAGACAUCUGAAACUAUUAGGCACAUCAAAGGUAUAG